GCGUCAAAGUACGUGGCGUUUCAAUUUACCAGUACUACACGCCGAAUUUAUAUUUUAAAACGUUAAAACAGGUGAAGUGAUUUUAUUAAGAUGGCUUAAAUCCGUAGUAGUAGAUCGAAUUAUAAAUUAUGGGUUUUUUUUCCGACCCAAGUCGCUGUUCGUCGCCACCGGUUUCCUCCCCGUCCAGGUGUACUUGAACGCAGCGCCCCUUUACUGGCAAACAGAUGUAUGUCGUCAACUCGCCACAUUUGCUCCUUUCUCCGGGAGGAGGGGACCAAAAUCUCCACCGUUCGGAUGGAACUCGCGGCGGCAGCGGUCGAGAUGGACGUACGGAGCCCAUGACGCACCGGAUACAACUUUGUGGCACUUUUAAACGGAUUACGACGCUGUUUUGGGUGCAUUUUUAGUUAUCUUUUUUUUUUAUUUGGGCGUGUUUUAACUGCCCGGUUGGUGGGGAGUUGGCUGAAAAAGUUCUCCGUCCAUGCACGCCCGGGCGAGGACGAGCUCCACCGCGGGGGAUGUGACACCACCCGAAGCUUAAAGAUCGACUAAAAAGGAAGGAAAAGUCCCUCCUGGGUGGAAUUCGACGUUAUGAAAAUGACCGGAGCUAUGGAAAGUGCUUUCAAACUGGCGCUGAGGAAGCCGCCCGCCCUGCGGACGGCAGAGGACUUGCACACCAUCUACUGCCACCUCUACCACAUGGAUGUCCUCUCACACCUCAGGGAGCACCAGCUAAGGUCCAUGUGCACCUCAGCCAGGUACGAGAGACACGAGGCCAACCACAUCCUCUUCUAUCCCGACAGCAUCGCCAGCUGUUGGUACAUCUUGCUGUCUGGGUCCGUCUUUGUCAAGGAGCACAUGUACCUGGCCAGGUGCUGUUUCGGCAAGCAGCUGGGGGGCAGGCGAGGCUGUGAAUGCAUCACUUUGGAGCCGUCAGAAAUGAUCGUGGUGGACAACUGCGGCGAGGGGGACGACGGGUUCCUGCACCGGGACGGCUCGCAGCGACGUUCCCGCCGGCGCUUCCGCAGGAUCAACCCCAAAGGGGAGCGGGAGUUGAUCACGGACGGGCAAGAACCCGCUGCUUACAAGGAUUAUGUCAACAACCAGCUUCCUGCCGACCUCAACAAGAUGCACUUGACGGACCACGCCCACCAGCAGGUGAUGCACGUGCCCGCCAGCCAGUCGGGCUGCAGCAUCGCCAGCGACUCGGGCAGCAGCAGCCUGUCGGACAUCUACCAGGCCACGGAGAGCGAGCUGGGCGACGUGGACCUGUCUGGCCUUCCCGAAGCUCCCGUGGACAGCGAGGACGAGGAAGAGGAGGACGAUGACCUGGAGAGAGCCUCGGACGCGCUGCUGGCCCGAGACCUUGUGCGCGAGUGUCUGGAGAAGGACCCGGCCGACCGCAACGACGACGACAUUGAGCAACUGCUGGAGUUUAUGCACCAGCUGCCGGCCUUCGCCAACAUGACCAUGUCGGUGCGUCGUGAGCUGUGCGGCGUGAUGGUCUUCGAGGUGGUAGAGCAGGCGGGCACCGUCAUUCUGCACGACAAGCAGGAGCUGGACCUGUGGUACGUCAUCCUGAACGGUGCGGUGGAGAUCGGUCGCCACGAGGGCCGGGCGGAGACGCUGUGCAUGGGCAACAGCUUCGGCAUCUCGCCCUCGCUGGACAAGCAGUUCAUGAACGGGGAGGUGCGCACCAAAGGGGACGACUGCCAGUUGGUGUGCAUCGCCCAAGAGGACUACUGGCGCAUCCUCAACCACGUGGAGAAGAACACGCACAAGGUGGAGGAGGAGGGCGAGAUCGUCAUGGUGAAGGAGCACCGCGAGCUGGAUCGAAGCGGCACCCGCAAGGGGCACAUCGUCAUCAAGGGGACCCCGGAGCGUCUGAUCAUGCAUCUGGUGGAGGAGCCCUCGGUGGUGGACCCCACCUACAUCGAGGACUUCCUGCUCACCUACCGCACCUUCGUGUCCAGCCCCUUGGAGGUGGGCAAGAAGCUGCUGCACUGGUUCCAGAUGGACACGCUUCGAGACACGGUGACCCGCAUUGUGCUGCUGUGGGUCAACAACCACUUCAAUGACUUUGAGGGCGACACGGCCAUGACGCGCUUCCUGGAAGACUUUGAGAAGCUGCUGGAAGCCACAAAAAUGAAAGGCCACCUGCGGCUACUCAACAUCGCGUGCGCUGCCAAGGCCAAGUGGCGGCAGAUCACGCUGCAGAAGGCGUCGCGUGAGUCGCCGCUCUACUUCAGCGUCCAGGGUGGCAGCGAGCGCGGCUUUGGCAUCUUUGUCGAGUCAGUGGAGGAUGGCAGCAAGGCGUUCGAGGCGGGGCUUAAACGUGGAGACCAGAUCAUGGAGAUUAAUGGGCAGAACUUUGAGAACAUCUCCUUCUCCAAAGCCGUGGACAUCCUGAGGAACAACACGCAUUUGUCCCUUACGGUCAAGACCAACAUAUUUGUCUUCAAAGAGCUCCUGAGCCGAAUAGUGCACGAGAAGAAGAACGGCGGGCCGCACAUUCCCAAGAUCCAGGAGAAGAAGGGGAACCGCUUCUCCAUCCCGGACUUGCCCGGUGACAUGGAGUUUGCCACCGACCACAAGGCCACACGCAAGAUGAAGGCCAACACGGUGUCGGGCGGCCGCAACAAGAUCCGCAAGAUGCUGGAGAAGACGCGCUUCAGCAUCCUGCCGCCCAAGCCCUUCAGGGGCCUGUUUGGUGACGGCGGCAUGGGUCAGUCUCAGGACGACAGCAUUGUGGGUACCAAACAGUGUCGGCACAGCGUGGCCAUCAUGCCCAUCCCCGGCAGCCUGUCGUCAAGCAGCCCGGACCUCCUCCAGCCCGCCACCAGUGUGCUGGACUUCUCCAACCCGGCAGCACUAGGACUGUACUACAUUCCAGACCAGGUGAUCCGGGUGUUCAAGGCCGACCAGCAGAGCUGCUACAUCAUUAUUAGCAAGGACACCACCGCCAAGGACGUGGUGGCGCACGCCGUCAACGAGUUCGGACUGACGCCGGCCGCCGAGAACUACUCGCUGUGCGAUGUGUCCGUCAGCCCCGAGGGCGUCAUCAAGCAGCGCCGCCUGCCCGACCAGCUCUCCAAGCUGGCUGACCGCAUUCAGCUUAACGGCAGGUACUACCUGAAGAACAACAUGGAGACGGAGACUCUGUGUUCGGACGAGGACGCCCAGGACCUGCUGCGCGAGAGCCACAUCUCGCUGCUGCAGCUCAGCACCAUGGAGGUGGCCGCCCAGCUCUCCAUGAGGGACUUUGAGCUCUUCAGAAACAUCGAGUCCACAGAGUACGUGGACGACCUGUUCAAGUUGGACUCGGCGGCGGCGGCGGGCGGCGGCCACUUGAAGCGCUUCGAGGAGGUCAUCAACCAGGAGACCUUCUGGGUCGCCACCGAGAUCCUCAAAGAGCCCAACGCCCUCAAGAGGAUGAAGACCGUCAAGCACUUUAUCAAGAUCGCCCUGCACUGCCAAGAGUGCAAGAACUUCAACUCCAUGUUUGCCAUCAUCAGCGGUCUGAACUUGGCCCCGGUGGCUCGCCUGCGCAGCUCGUGGGAGAAGCUGCCCAGCAAGUACGAGAAACUCUCCGGGGACCUGCAGGACGUCUUUGACCCGUCACGCAACAUGGCCAAAUACCGCAACGUCCUGAGCGGCCAGAGCAUGCAGCCACCUGUCAUCCCGCUUUUCCCCGUGGUCAAGAAGGACCUCACGUUCCUGCAUGAAGGCAACGAUUCAACGGUGGAUGGCCUGGUGAACUUCGAGAAGCUGCGGAUGAUCGCCAAGGAGAUCCGACACGUCGUCCGGAUGACGUCGGCCAACAUGGACCCCGCCCUGAUGUUCAGACAACGGAAGAAGAGGUGGAAGAGUUUAGGAUCUCUGAGUCAGGGCAGCACCAACUCCAACAUGCUGGACGUGCAGGGCGGCGGGCACAAGAAGCGUGUGCGGCGCAGCUCGCUGCUUAACGCCAAGAAGCUGUACGAGGACGCGCAAAUGGCGCGCAAGGUCAAGCAGUACCUGUCCAACCUGGCGGUGGAAACGGACGAGGACAAGCACCAGAUCAUGUCGCUGCAGUGCGAGCCCGCCUACACCACCAUUUCUAAGAAUUUGAGUGACCGGCGGUCCACCAAGUCGGACAUGUCGCCUGUGUCGCUACGGUCGGCGCUGCCCUCGGGGAAGACCCAGAACCGGGUGUCGCAGGUCCUUCAGGUGCAGGUUCCGCUCAACCCGCUACGCAAGAAGAGCACCGCCAAGGACGUCGGCCCGCCCAACUUUAGUUCCCCUCAGGUAGUCAAGAAGCCCCCCGCCAGCUCAGCAGACGAGUGGACCGCCAAGAGAGCCUCGGAAGACACGGUGUACACAAUCUCGUCCCGGCACUCCAGCCCCACCGUGUCGCCGCAGGGCUCACCGCGCAAAGGCCCGUCGGCCAAAGCUCAGACCUGCUCAGGCCAGAUAAACCUGUCGGGCUCCUCGUCGUCGUUGACCAGCGACGCCAGCACCAAAGCGAGCACCAUCAGCCUGCGCAGCUACGGCAUAGGUUAUGCGCUGCUUCCUCCGGGCAAAGCGGACAACCUGUCCGACUCCAGUCACAGCGAGAUCUCGUCUCGCUCCAGCAUCUGUUCCGUGGACUCGGUGCCUGCCCCAGGUCUGGAGGAGCGCUGUAACAGCGUUGGCGCCAGGACGUCCGUCGCAUCCGCCACUGCCGGCCCCACCGUGCCGGCUGGCGUGCCGACGCCCGAGAGCGCGGCGGCCACGCACUUAAAUGUGGACUACAGCCAGCCCGGCACCAGUUGUCCUUCUUCCGCGGCGGUGCCGGCGUCAUUUCGGGUUUACGCCACACGAGGCUCCACCUUCACGUCGUCCAUCUCCACGGAGGAACUGACACCCGACUUGGCCUCCCUGGACUCGGUGGCUGACAGCGGGCGCGGCAGUUGGACGUCCUGCUCCUCCAACUCCCAUGACUCCUUCCAGAGCCUGCCCACCUCCUCCUGCCGCCCCUGGGACCACGGCAUACAUGGGCACCCGCUGGCGCUCGCUCACCGGCUGGCCGGCGCCCCCAUCGCCGAGGCGGAUUCCGCCCGCGACUCUGAGCUGGCCAAGCAGUCGCGGCAGAGCUGGGCAUCGUCGGGAUCCUUGUCGGACACAUAUGAGGGGAAUUACGGCACCGUCAAGCGGAGGAACGCCACCGAGCAGCAGCGGGGGCUGCCUGGCUCUGCCUCUUCUGCCUCGCCGACCAAUGACGAUGGAGUGCAGAGCACAGACCCCGCCUACAAAACUGUGACAUCCAGCACGGAGAAAGGACUAAUAGUUUACUGCAUCACCUCCCCCACCAAGGACGAGCGUUACCGAGCCCCUCCUCCCACCCCUCCAGGCUACCAGGGUCUGGCUCUGGGGGACGUCAAAGAUGGCAGUGGUGGGACUGUGGCGGCAGGGGCGUCCGGGAGGCCUCCCCACCUCAGACCGCCUGACUACAGCGUGGCCAUGCAAAGGAGCAAACUCCUGCAGAGCCCCGGAGCCGCUGGCAGCCUGGCGCAGGCCCGGAGGCUUGCCGGCAGCCGCCUCGGGACAUGCGACGUGGCCGACAGCGAGGACGAGGAACAAGUUUCGGCCGUGUAGACGCGUGGACUCCACACCAAGGCACGAUCUUUGCCACCUCCUGGAACUCGUGCCUGCUUCACUUGAAAAUAAAGAACUUUUAAAAGACUUCUGACUAGGACAAAAAAAAAAGAAAAUAGUUUCACACUUUUUUAAGCUUUUAACGUUUUCUUUUUGUUUGUUUUUUUCCUCAUCAUUUUAAUUUUGCACCUCGGAGCUAGCGCCACGUUUUCCUUGGGACAUGAUGGCCAACAGAAGGAUCCCAGGAUCACUUGUGGGUCUUCUGGUGCCACCCAUGGAUCACCAGUCCCGUUAACAAGACCCCAUGUGGCUCUCCACACAGGCCCCCUUGGAACUCGUGCCUGCUUCACUUGAAAAUAAGAAACUUCAGACCAGGAAAAGAGAGAGAGAAAAGUUUUAUGCUAUUUAAGAUUUUAGCUUUUUUUAAUCAUUUGAAUUUUGCACCACAUUUUCCUCGAGACAAGACCGCCAACAGGAGUUAAGGUGAUUUGUGGAGCACUUACUGUUCUUGGAGGAAACAAAAUGGCCGCCUCAAGAAGCUAGCUAGUCGAGCGCCGUGCUACCUCCUGGACCUUUUAGGGGAUAAAAACAAUGUUUUUUUUUUAAGGCGCAAACGAAUGGAGGUAAAAAAGGUGUGUUUUGUUUACAGUGUUGAUUGGAUGAGAGCGCUAGCCCUGCCCCCUUUUUAUUUAAAUGUAAGCCAAACGGGAAGUGUAUCUCCAGUUCGUGUUGAUUGUACAGAAAAGGAUUGGUCUUCCCGACAUCCGUUGGGAAGACUUGAAAUGCUAACGUGUUGGCAUAUGUAUAAAUAAGUGAAUGCGAACGUGUGUAUAUACUUUUUUGUGGUUGUUUUUGCUGUAAAUUAAUGAUGGUGUAUAGAUUACAGACUGUGGAAUAUUUUAGAAUAUUUUGUUACCAAAAAAAAAAAAAAAAAGCAUUUUUAUUUUUUUUGCUGGCUCUUCGCUUAUGCUUCUAGUAGCUGUGCAGAUGCUGCUGCUGCUAUUGUGUGUGUGUGUGUGUGUGUGUUUAUCCCACAACACAUACGUGAAGGUUUAGACCCCCUUGCCUGGUUUCCUGGGUCUCCACAGCCCCAUUUGGGUAUCUCACAAAAUCUCUUGUGGGUCUCUUGGGUCUCCUUGGCCACCUGUGGGUAUUCUAACCCGCCACCACCGUUUUAGCACUCCUGGGCCCCUCAUGAUUCUCCUCUACCUCUGUUUGGUCUCAAGGGACCCUCCUGGACAUAUUUUGGAGCUCCGUCCCGCUGUUUCCAAGGAUCCAUUGUGGGUCUCUCCUGUCUCCGUUUUCUCAUUUGCACUCCUGGUUCUCCUCACGAGCCCCUUUAGAUUUACUGGAUCCCCUCCUGGACCUCCUCUGUUUAAUGGGUCUCUAGUAGUCUGUUUCCGUAGGAUUAUUUGGAUCCAUUGUGUAUCUACACAAUGGCACUCCACAUGGUCCCAAUGUGGGUCUCCUGGACCUCUGGCGUGCCUUCUUGGCCCCUACUAGUUGUUUAAGUCAUCUGUCUGAUCUCCUAGAUCACAUGUUUCAAACUCAAGGCCCGGGGGCCAAAUCUGGCCCGCUACGUCAUUUUAUGGGGCCUGCGAAAGCAAAUUAGGUGCAACUUCCAUGAUUUUAAAAUCUGCACCAAAAUUUCAAGCAUUUUGUUGGUUACCAAACCCCUCUUUUACACUAACUUGAACAAUAGCUGAACAAACUAUUAUCCUUGAAUUGUGAUUUCAAAACUAGUUAUCCAUCAAUUUGCUGUGAGCAAUAAAACAUUUAGAUGGUUUCAUAAUCAUAAUGGCCCUCUGAGAGAAACCGUAACUACAAUGUGGCCCGCAAUAAAAAUGACUUUGACACCACUGUCCUAGAUCUUUCAAGGGUGUUCUCGGACCUCCUGGGAGCCCACCAUGGGUGUCUCGACACCCAUUUUUUGAGUUUCCUUGGCAAAACCCUUGUCACAUAGAUAUCUUUGAGUAGGUCCCCUGGUCGUCUGUUUUUGCACAACUUCACUCCUCACAUUAUAAACCAUGUGUCAGUAUUAAAUAACUCUCCUCAGGUGUGAACUCGUUUUGUACAGUCAAUUAAGGAUUUUCAAACCUUGGUUUAGUGUUCCUGCCCCUCCAUUUUAGUCCCCCGCUCAGAUACAACAAGCGAUGUGAAUGAGAAGCGAUGAUGAGGAUGCACAAUAAGAUGUAAAGGUGAGUGUUUGCUGCACAAAUAACGUCCCGUGUUUGUUUAAGUGGCACUCGUCUUGUUGCUGUUUUUUUUUUUUUUUUAUGUCUUUUACAAAGACGACUCCAUUUCGGCCUUGUACGCUUUGUAUAUGUAUAUUUUUUACCGGUGGAUUGUACAUAGUUGUUCUAUUUUUGUUUAAGAGGAUGUGAACAAAGGAUUUAAACAAAGAAGAAGAAAGGACAUUUUAUUUCCUUUUAAGUCUACUGAUAAGAACUUGGACAGUGAAUAAAAUUCUAAAAUGGAAACAUG